AUGCUUCAGGCGGCGCAUCACCCGAACGUGCAGCACCUCAUGGCUGAGGAGAGGAUGAAGCCGCUGAAGUGUCCCUCCCCGGUCACCGUCGCGGCCGCGCACAUCGCCGCGAAGCACGGGGUGGUGGUCAAGAUGCGCGGAACGAUGGGAAGCCCAGGGGGACAGGCGCCCGGUGAUUCCGAGGCUUCUGGGGGUGAAAACGACGCGACGUUCUUCGUCUUCGAGGACGACAAGGAAAAUGUCGAUCCGAAGACCGGCGUGAGCGCCAGGCUGAGCUCCGGGGCGGGCUCGCGGAGCGACGAGUUUGAGGUCGCGUUCGGGGUUCCCAGGGACCCCGCGAGGGUCGCCGAGGCGGCGGUCGGGGCUCCGAGCCGCCAGCCCCUCGCCGACGUGACCGCCAGAUACGUAACCCCGACGGCACGUCUCUCAGUGGGAAAGGCCGUGAUCAAGGCUGACGAACAGGGUUUGUCCAAUCGCGUCCGCGUGAUCAGGGCGACGGACGAGAACGCCGCUCCGAAUGGCGAACGAGAGAGCGCGAAACCCGGUUUGAGCACGAUCGGUUUGAAGCGACCCGAGGGGCCCGGCCUGGACCCGGCCAAGAGGCGCAGGGUGCUCCGAUUCGUGAUCAGGUGA